AGACUGAGCUCAGAUCAGAUCAGACCCGACACACAUACAUACACGUGCAUUCAGUCAGUCAGUCACACACACACUCUCUUACGGACAUAUACAGUCUCCAGAUACACGUCUGGUAUGAAUGAGAAGACCAGAAGUUGUAUAUAACCGUCCACCGUGGACUAAAAAUAACGGAGCGAGCUAAAAAUCAGCAAAGCGUCCACGGGACAGACGAUGGGUGAAGCUGAAAAUGAGAAGAAUCAGUCUGGACGGCUGUUUGAGAACUUCGUCCAGGCCUCUGACUGUAAAAGCACCCUGCAGGCUUUUAAUAUUUUGUGCCGUUACCUGAAGCUCGACCCCCAGGAGCACCGCACCUUCUACAGCAGUUUGAGGAACACGGUGACCUGCUGGAAAGCCAAAGCCCUUUGGAGCAAACUAGACAAGAGAGCCAGCCAGAAAGAGUACAGAAAAGGCAAAGCCUGUGAGGGCACCAAGUGCUUGAUAAUUGGAGGAGGCCCUUGUGGUUUGCGGACCGCGAUCGAGUUGGCUUUCCUCGGGGCCAAAGUUGUGGUUAUAGAGAAGAGAGACACAUUCGCCAGAAACAAUGUCCUGCAUCUCUGGCCCUACACAAUUCAUGACCUCAGAGGUUUGGGUGCCAAAAAGUUUUACGGCAAGUUCUGCGCUGGAGCCAUCGAUCACAUCAGCAUUCGGCAGCUCCAGCUAAUGCUCCUGAAGAUCGCUCUGCUUGUUGGUGUGGAGUUUCACAUAAAUGUGGAGUUUGUCAAGCUGCUCGAACCUCCAGUGGACCAGGAGAAUGAAGGGCCGGGCUGGAGGGCAGAGAUUCGACCCGCGGAUCAUCCUGUGGCUGAUUUUGACUUUGAUGUGAUUGUGGGGGCUGAUGGGAGACGAAAUACUUUAGAAGGGUUUGGGAGAAAGGAAUUUCGAGGCAAACUGGCCAUUGCCAUAACGGCAAACUUUAUCAACAGAAACACCACAGCUGAGGCAAAGGUGGAGGAGAUAAGUGGAGUCGCAUUCAUCUUCAAUCAGAAAUUCUUUCUGGAUCUCAGACAGGAAACUGGCAUCGAUCUAGAGAACAUUGUUUACUACAAAGACAACACGCACUACUUCGUCAUGACAGCUAAAAAGCAGAGCCUGCUGGAUAAAGGUGUCAUUAUUCAUGAUUAUAUUGAUACUGAAGCACUACUGAACAGUGAGAACGUCAACCAAGAGGCUUUGCUGGUUUACGCCCGAGAGGCUGCGGAUUACGCGACCCACUAUCAGAUGCCGAGUCUGGAUUAUGCCAUGAACCACUGCGGUCAGCCCGAUGUGGCCAUGUUUGAUUUCACCUGCAUGUACGCUUCAGAAAUAGCUGCUCUGGUCAGGGAACGGUUCGGUCAUAAAUUACUGGUGGCACUUGUAGGCGACAGCCUUCUGGAGCCCUUCUGGCCGAUGGGGACGGGCUGUGCCCGUGGCUUUCUGGCGGCCUUUGACACAGCUUGGAUGGUGAAAAGUUGGGCACAGGGUCGUAAUCCCCUUGAGGUGCUGGCAGAGAGGGAGAGUUUGUACCGUUUGCUACCUCAGACAACACCUGAGAACAUUGCCAAAAACUUUGAUUUGUACACCAUAGAUCCUGGCACGCGCUAUCCAAACCUAAACUCAACCUGUGUGAGGCCACAUCAAGUCCGCAACAACUAUAUCUGUGGAGAGAUGAAGUCGUGCUCUCUGGAGCGGGCCGCCACAAUACGACGGCCUGUCAACUUGGCCAGACGAGAGUCUGAGAUCCGGCCGAGUCGAUUACUGACGUGGUGUCAGAAACAGACUGAUGGUUACAGAGGUGUGGACGUCACUGACCUCACUUCAUGUUGGAGCAGUGGUUUGGCUCUUUGUGCUCUCAUUCAUCGCUUCAGACCACAGCUCAUCGAUUACGACUCACUAAGUGAACAAGACUGUGCCAAAAACCUUCAGCUGGCGUUUGACGUGGCCGAGAGGGAGUUUGGCAUCAAGCCGUUCAUCACUGGAAAAGAGCUGACGUCGGGUCAGGAGCCAGACAAGACCAGCAUGAGCGCCUACCUCUCAAAGUUUUACGAGCUUUUCCGGGGAACACCUUUACCUCCCGCAGAUACAAAGCACGAGGGAGAUGCAAAUACUGAGAAAUGUCCACCGAGUUCAAGUUCUCCUAGACCUGUUUACAAGUCACUAAAUUUGGUGCCUCGCAAACGCAUACCUAAGAACGAUGAAAAGGUUGAACUAAGCAGCGAUGCCGUAUUCAAGAGAAGACGGACAUUUGAUUUCCUUGAAGAGACAACCAAGUCCUCCAAUCACAGUUCUUCUGUGGCAAAUGAGGGGCGGGUGCUGAAAGAAAACAAGGUCAAGUUUAUGGCCGAUCAGCUACGGGCAAAGUUCGAUAACAACGCUGGAAGUUGCUCUCUUCGUAGGCAGUCUGAGUCUAAUAAUGAUGAGAGGCCUUCAAGACCUCCAUUCCUUAAUAUGACUGACAAACCUCACUUUAACAUUAUCAAGAAGAAAGUUGCACCACCUCCACCACCUAAAAAACAGUCAUCAUCCGUUACCUGUGUAAAACACAAUGAGGAGCAGUCUACCCCUCUCUUCCCUUCACUUCAUUCCAGUCCUGUGAACUCAGAGAGGAAAGUGAUUCACACAUAUUCACACAGUCAGUCAGAGACAGAGAUCACAGAAAGUUCAGGGUCUGGAUGUUCAGCUGCUCGACACUCAGCAGUGCUGGCCAUGACUGCAAUGCUCCAGCGCCUCCAAAAGGUGGAAGAUAAGAUCAGUCAGAGAAAAGCCCAGACUCAAAAUGCCAGAGAGUUUCAUAGGAAAAACAUCAAGGAGAAAGGCGCCCAUCUGAGCGCUCUGUUCUCGGUUGAAGCUGCUUCUCAGCAUCAGUGUACAGUAGGAAAAGUGCCUCUGGUUGCCAGGUCAGAUACCCUGGUCGCUCUGUAUGCAAAUGAUCAUAGACCCAAGACAAGCGACUCGGACACUUCGCCGUCCUUCAGGAGGGAGUUUCCUCAGAGUUUUGGCGAUGUGUGUCACGCCUGCAGUAAACGUGUGUUUGCGGUGGAGAGACUGAGUGCGGAGGGUUUUCACUUUCACAGAGAAUGCUUUCGCUGUGAUACCUGCAGGGCUCCGCUGUCCCAGGGUGGACAUUCAUUCGACUCUGAAGAAGGAAAGUUGUAUUGCAAACUCCACUUUGCUCAGCGGAAGUCCUUGGUGAAAAACGGCAGGACACAGAACCAACAUACAACAAAUGAUGACAGAGUUCACGAGAGGUCCAGCUGGAGUCCAAUAGUGAACGAGAAUCAUAUCCAGAGCGAGUCUCCAGUUGUUUUCGACCUCUCCACUGUGUCUUCUGAUUCUGAUUCAUGCUGAUCUUAAGCAGUGGCUUACUUUUCACAAUUCCACACGAAGGCGCGCUUGUGCCUUUAUGAAAAACCCGGGGUCAUUCGUUCCCAUGAUGACCUUUAGUUAAAGUAGCACCUUUUAUUAGACAUGUUGUAAAGAGUUUCAUGCUGUGUAUGUUCAAUCAGAUUUUUUUGUGCUUUAUUUAUGUCAAGCCAUAUUAGUACAAUAAACAAAGAUUGCAGUGUGCCAUUGUCA